UCCGACGUCAUUAACACCCACUUCCCCACCUGUCCUAAAACCCUAACACCAACUUCCCCGUCUUAUGUCCUUGCGUUUUCGUCCGAAGAGCCCAAUUGGCUGUAAAGUAAAACUGAAAAGUCUGGUUAAGGAUGCAGCACGACGAGGUGAUAUGGCAGGUAAUCAGGCAUAACCACUGCAGUUUCAUGGCCAAAAUUGCCACUGGGAAUUUCUGUAGAAACCCCUAUAACGUGACCGGGAUUUGUAACCGGAGCUCCUGCCCUCUCGCCAAUAGUCGCUAUGCCACCAUUCGCGACCAUGACGGAGUCUUCUAUCUUUAUAUGAAAACUAUAGAAAGAGCUCACAUGCCAAACAAAUUGUGGGAGAGACUGAAAUUGCCCAGAAAUUAUGAGAAGGCACUUGAGAUAAUAGACAAACAUAUGAUGUAUUGGCCUAAGUUCCUUGUACACAAAACAAAGCAGCGGUUGACCAAGAUGACUCAAAUGCGGAUACGCAUGAGGAAGCUUGCUUUGAAAACAAGGGAGAAAAUUAUGACAACACCAAGGAAGGAAAAGAAAAGAGAGGCUAGAAGAGAGGAAAAGGCCGAAAGGGCAGCAGCAUUGGAUAAGAGCAUUGAAAAAGAACUAUUAGAACGCCUUCAGCAAGGAGUUUAUGGUGACAUAUAUAACUAUCCUGUUAAGGAAUACAAUAAAGUUCUUGAUAUAGAAGAGGGGCAGGCUGCUAGCGAAGAUGAAGACGAGAUGGAACCAGAGAUAGAAUAUGUUGAGGGUUAUGAUGAACUUGAAGAGGAAGAUGAUAUAGAAGAUUUUGAUGGUCUUGCAAUUUCCCAGUCUCAUGCGGAUUAUGAUAAGGUUGAAACGGAUGGAGAUGAGGAAGAGGUUGAACCAGUUGCUGGCAAGAGAGUGAGGAAGGAAGCAGCCUCAAGUUUAAGAAACUUUGAGACAGAUGAACCUGGUGCAAAAUUGAAGAAGAGAGCGAGGGUGCUUGUUGAGGUAGAGCACGAAGAUGUUGAUGAAAGUCAAAAGGCUGCCCACUGAGUGUUUAAAGCAUAUUGCUUCACUUGUUAUGCUUGUUAACCGGCAAAUGGCAGAGAUACCUUGUUCGCUUCUUGUAGAGUAUGUUUAAAACCUCACUGGGAAAAGAGGGAAAGUUACUAUAGCGGAUGAAAUUUUGAUAGCUAUCUCUUGAUCACGGUUGAAAUUUUUUAUUUAUUAGAUAGAUAAUAGUUUCUCUUGAUUUCUUUUCUCCCAUUUUUGGGAGAAGGGGCUGUACUAGAGUGAAUUUCAUGGCCUUUUCUAGUCUCUACGGCCUCAAAACUCGAUUAUUCUGUUUACUGCUGCUCAGAAAUGACAUGAGUUCUCGCACGAGGUUAUGUGAAA